CAUGUGAGCCUCCUUCGUCUGGCUCGGAGGGGGCCUUUGGCCUCUCCAAUUCCAAGUAGGGCCCACAUGUGGUGGUCGUUUCGAAAUUUUAACGCUUUAUCGGUGGCGCACCUUUCCCGGCCGCAUCCGCACACAUCCACGGGUGAUCCGACUCCGUAGGAGUUUGCGCGCCAGCAAUUUUCUUUACAUUCCUCUAACAUAAUAAAUAUUGAAACUCGAAAACAAUGAAGACCGAUUUACUUUCGCAAGAAACAACUGUGCGGCUUGUCCCCAGAGAAGCGCCCGGAAUAGUACUUGGUUUCAACACAAGUUUCAUGAAAGACCUCACCACUCUCCAGUAUCCUGAUCCUGCAAACGACAAGGGGCAUCCGUCAAGUGGAAGAAUUGAAUUCAAGGAAGGAUUUUCUUUCACAUUUCCCUGCGGAAAGAAGGGAACACGAACUGUGAAGAUGGGGCGUGUUCUGUUUCGCUCAAACGGUGUAAUUGGUCGGGGGUCCAUGGUAAUGCGAGUAACAUGCGUCUGCGAGAGUAGCAGUCAGUGCGAUUGGUCCGGGAAGAAACUGGUUUUGAAACUCAGCUUUCCUAGCAAAACUCGAGCAUCCGAGAAGGCGUUCAUGGAUAAAUGUAAGGAGAAGGCGACGGGAGAACACGCCUGGGUACUCAACCACUUGCCUGAAAUCUACUAUUCAUUCGACAUCGACUGUUCUGCGGAGUCGCCGCAGGCUCAGUUAAAGGAAAUUUUUGGGGAAGAGUACGAGAUGCAUGUGGUGCGUGGCAUUAUUAUGGAGGAAUUGCAUCCACUGUCAACUUUUAAGACUGAGAAGGAAUGUGCGCAAGUGUUCUAUGAUAUUGUUCAAUGUCAUCAUUGGGCUUGGAAAUAUCCUCAAAUCCUUCAUCGCGAUAUCAGUGAGGGUAAUAUCAUGGUCCGCGAAAAGAAUGGGCAGAAAUACGGUGUAUUAAAUGAUUGGGACUUCGCAAGCUGGUUGAGCACGCAAAAUGAAGUGUCGACAUCCAAAUUUCGAACGGGAACCAAACCGUACAUGGCGUAUGAACAACACUCGUCUCAGUGGCAAGGUCCACAUCGGUUCCGCCACGAUUUGGAGUCCGUCUUCUACGUUAUUCUCUUACUGGUUUCCCUUUAUUCCAGUCCCACUGAGAAGGUCCGUUUUCCUUCUACUGGAGAUCAUCGUUAUGAGAAGUGGCAUAAGCAGGCCCUUCUUCAGCGGCUUCACUUCGUGGUUGAUCCCCCUUCAACGAUCUGCAAAACAACCGCUCAAGCCAGGGAGGCGACCACGCAAGGUGCCAUUUUUUGACGAGGAUACCCUAGGCGGAUAUUUCUCAUACAAGAAAGUUGUCAUGAUCAUGCACCGGUUCAACCAAGCAGAACUCAAGACUUGGGGUCAGGAGUGGCAAGUAACACUAGAGGAAGCAUCUUCUGAAGAUUGGGAGUUAGAAGAGUUGGAGGAGAACUAAUAACAAUGUUGAUUGUCUUGAAGGCACAGAACCAUCAAAUAUCUUGCCGGUGACAGGCUCAGGCAAAUAUAUCUUC